AUGACCUUCUCCCCCGAGAUCGUGUCCCAUGCAACCACCCACAUGAACGAGGACCACGCCGACGGCAACCUGUACAUCGUCCGCGCGUUCGCAGACGAGGGCGCCAAGUCGGCAACGAUGACGACGCUCGACGGCGAAUCGGGAACCUGGUCCUACGUCGCGGCCGACGGGAGCGAGAAGACGGCCACGGUACCCUGGCCCGCGGGCCCGAUCAGCGAGCGCAUGCAGAUCCGCGUCCAGGUCGUGGCGCUGUACAAGACGGCGUGUGCCAAGCUCGGCGUGGACGUGAAGCCGCACCCGCAGAACUAG